AUGCGUCGGCCGGGCACGCUGCCCAACUCCGCCACGUCCGGUCACCGCUCCGCAGGCCCGAUGGAGGACGGCUCGACGCCCCUGAGCAUCGCCGCCGACAAUUGCACCUCGACCGGCGGCAGAUUGCAUUACGCGAAUCACUCUUUGCGCCGCACGCCCCAGCCGCCGCACCUACCCGCUCGCGACACCGAGAACAGCCCCUCGGAGAGGGCCCAGAACGACUCGCGGGUUCAAAACGGCGUACCAGGCGUGCACCACCACGCACCCCCGCCGCUACCGUCUAGACAUCAACCCUCCUGCGGCCAGUCGUCUUAUCCAACCCUGCCGAUGAACGGGCACGCGACUCAUCAAUACCAUCACUUUCCACGCGAGAAGGAGAGGUCCUCUGCUCGCGAAAGGAGCCGCGACCGCGACGUCGGCGUCCAGUCCGUCCCCCAUCGGUCCGACAAGCACCGAGACGCCCAGAUGGAGAUGGAGAUGCGCGACGGGAUGGACAUGGGCGACAUCAGCCCGUAUCGCGCGUAAGGAUGGCUGCACCGUGGCCCGAAUCGUAGCGAACGCUCUCGGACGAACGUCAACUGUGGAUAGGCCGAGCGAAUUGAACCGAAGACUGAACACGAACGUUGAACAGGGACGUCCCGAACGGUUAACGAGGCGCUUGUUUACGGUAGUAUCGUCGUUACCGCGUGAUAUAAUGGUAACGAUCCAAGAAGCGGGGAUGCGUUUCGCGAUGGAAUUGGGCGGACUCCCUUGGCGAAUCGAAUCGAAGACUGAUUACGACUGACGUCGGCGUACGAUAUCGACGAACAAUUAACCGAUACAGGUACAUUCCCGCCCUAUACGGGCGCCUACGGUGCGCACCGAUGAACACCGAUCAAAAUCAAUUCUCGACGACUCCGCGCUCGUAAAUCCUAACGAUACCGAUUGCAAUGGUAUGAUAUGGGAAUUAUGUUCCACCGUGAGCUCGUCUUACCCGUGCACGACUCACCGAGGCCAGCUAGGAUGCGGUGGCUUGGGGAGGAUUAGUCGUGGAAUUGAGGAGGAAUGAUUGAAAAUAUCACAAUGGACGAGGAGGAGACUGAUUACGUGUCUCGAGUUGUUUGGGUACGCGUGUAAUACGGCUGCAAAGCGGAAGAAGUUCACGGAUGCGAAACGUACUCGAAGAAUCGCGUCAAAGAGUCGAAACGGACACGGUAUCGCGAGGACGGUCCCGCAUGGUGGCAACAAUCGUCUUCAUCUUGGAAGCAAAGACGGUAGCGAAGCUUUGAAGCGUCCCUGUGGAAACCACGGAAAGAUGAAAGCGCGGACGAUAAAAGUGCAACGCGAACUCGUGAAAUGUCAUCUGCCGAAUGAGCGUGUCCAAUCCUCGUAGGGACGCGUCGUUUGUAAACGUCACAUUGACGCGGUGACAAGGCGGAACUAUCGAAUCGAAAGUCGAAAAGGGAAACGUCGCGUUUCUGCGUACUUGCGAACGAUUCAAUGAGCGUUUCUGAGAACAGACUGUGCAGCGCGAUGGGAAUCGUCGCGAAUCCUCAACCGUCUUUCGGCUGCGAAUCCUCAACCGUCUUUCAGCUGCGAAUAAGUGGUCUGAAUAGAACGUUGUAUUCAGGAUAUUCUGUUAAUGAUUUGGAGCCUCUCUUGCGUCGAACUCUUAGCGUUGCAUUCGCCUGUGGGUAUUUCGUGUUUUGUAUUAAUUGGUACAGUAUCAACCCUUAGCAAUUCAAGUCUUUUUUACAUGCAGUCAGUCCCAUAAAUAUUCGCACCCUCUAUGUCUAUUAAAGAAAUUUGUUUAAAUUAAAUGGUAAGUAGGAAAAAUUCAUUUGGUUAUAUCAAAACUAUUAUUUAAUUUAGUCAAACUUCUUCAAUAGACAUAGAGAGUACGAAUAUCUAUGGAAUUGCCUAUAUUUGCUUCCUGUUAAUGUAUUUUUGAGUUUCCUUUUUACCUUUAAACUUAUGAUGCAUAUUCGACGACGCUGAUUAUGUCGAGAUCGUCGAGUGGAACCUCGAGUUCGAUAGUGCGUGCCCGUUCGAUGAAACGGAAGAAAUUUUUCGGGCUAAGAAGGAAAUCUUGAAGUUGACUGCAGCGCGAUCGCUCAACCGAAUGUUCCCCUGUCCCCCGCGAAUCUAGAACGUAAUCGCGUAACGAGCUUUCUUCGACUGGAGGACUCUUUUACGAAAACAGAGCUCAAUCCUGGAUAUGAAGCUUUAACGGAUAGAACGGGGUCAAAGUGACGUGCAUUUUUCCUUCGAAACAUCGCGUUUGAUCGAAUGCUGCAGUCGUCCGGCGUGCAUCUUCCAUCCAUUCAAGUGUACACUGCACUCGGUCUCUGUUUCUAAUUCGUCAAGCUUCGUUUGUUUUUAGUCUGUUAUUUUAACUCUACAGCGUACAAUUUCACGUGGAAGUCGAGUCAGCACCGAAGCAUUUAUCGUUAGCCGUCUCAUAUUUGUUCGUUAUGGUGGUCGAAUCCCACUCUGACGUUCUAGAAUGAAUGUCCUGAUGUUAUUGUCUCCUGGAUUAAAAUACUUCGGUGUCCCGAAAGGUGCCAUUUCACUAAUUUAUUACGAGUUCUCGAUUUUAUCAAUGAAAACGGACACGAAUGGUUUAUAAAAAUAUCAAACCUUUGGGAUAUUUACUUUACUUUUUAUUGAAUUCCGAGUAAUUCUCGUAUUCAAGUGACGAACUCGUCUGUGUUUAUUUUUCUGUGGCAGCUGUAUAAACAAAUUUUUAUCCACUGAAAGCUUUGGGUUAAACCUUGUACAUAUAUAUAUAUAUAUUUUUGUUUAACAUGGCGAAUAAAACUUUAAAUAAAAUAUUAAUAAGACAUACAAAAAUAUCUUCUUUUAUUAUUUACUAUAUCUUCGCGAGAGUAUUGCUCAUGGAUUGGUUGGUGACGCCUUCGCGACGAAAAUGAGUUUAAACAUGACCGUAAACAGGUUAUUUUUAAUUUCUCUUAAAACUGAACGCUCCUAAAUUCCACAAAUACUAUAUAAUAGUCUUAUUUUUACUAGGAAGACCUCGCUAACUCAUUCGUAAUACUUUCAAACAAGUUCAGUGUUAGAUAUAAUAUUUUUUUGUUUGAAUUUAGUAGUAGAAACAUAUAAAACUUUGUUAUUUUGUAUUAGAAAUGAUAAUUUAUUUUUUAGACAAACAUCUACGAUAUCUCGCGGUUGUAAGUAAUAUUAUUUAUAUUGCUUAGGACUCUUAGGACAAAGCUGUGUCGAUGUAAAAGCAUUCUCGUGGCCUAAGAAGGUUGCAAAAAGUUGCAAAAAUUGGUCAGGUGUCUUCGUCAUACCAGUGCCUUUUUAUAUAAAUUUCACCCAUUCCGUUUCUGCCGUUGCCGCGAUACUCCAGUAUCAAAAAAUGUCCGCCGGAAGCGUCUGACAAAUGGAGCCGCGUUAAGAUAGAAGCUGCUCCGGAGUUUCCAACCGCGCGAAAUAGUUGAACGCCGUAGCUCGCGGCUGGGGAGCUGAGAAAGAUGCGAACCUUGCACGACCAGAUUAUUUUUCCGACCGAGUGUACCCUGUGGAAUUCCACGGUCACCCCAGCCGAGAAAGGUGACUGCACCUUGAAUCGACUCACGACGAGCCGUUCUCGACCGUGCAGAAGCUGGAUUCCAGCCUGAGGAGCUUUGAUUCCGGAAUAGCUUUCCGAACAGCUACGCCCAGCCGAUUGUUUGGGGAAAACCUCCGGGAAAAUCCUUCUGCGCGUUUUCACCGAGAGACUUCGUCAAGCUUCUGGAAAUCGCGAUCGUUUCUAUCGAGAACCGUUCAACCUUUGACUUCGAUGACUUCGACUCCGUUUCCCCCGAUUUCGACUUAUUUGUUUUCGAAUAAGCUGUUCGGUUAGCUUGUAUUUGCACGAUCCUAUGGUAAAAGUUUUUACACGAUUCCUCCUACUGUUUCCACUUCUAAUUCAAGUCUGGAAUUCUACAUUUAUUUUCAUUCGCGGCAGGCUACGUGUUGGAUAGAUAUUAACGCGAGAAAUUUCUAUGCGUCCAUUUAGCCUUUAAUUAUGAUAUAGGAAACGUAAAUACAGCUGAAACAUUAGUAUCGUUAUUCUUUUAAUUUUGCUUUUAUAAUUCUCUGUUUACUUAUCCUUUAUCUCGAACCAAGAAUUGAUACAUAAACGAUCGACUUUAAAUUCCCUCGGGAAAAUCGUUUUUUACUUUUCAACCGAGCAUUAAUUAAGCACAAAGAUCCUUGUUGGGAAUGCGAUCACGCUAACGCUCGUGUAAACUGAGCUUAUUUUCUCAAUGGUUUUAACGCAUAAACGCGAAAAAGCAAUUCUAGUAGUUUACUACCUCUGAACACUUUAUUCGCUGCUGAAUGAACGCUUUAUCCGUGGCACACGUACAUUGGUAUCGAAUUUCUGUCUGCAACAAACAGAUGUUAAAAAUUCAGAAGCUGUCCUGUACGUUUGUCUGAUCCACCACAUAAAACUGCGCUCGAAAAAUAACGUUUGUGUCAGGGUAAAACAUUUAUUAGUCAUUUGUCUUUCAUUCCUCGACAAGGUAUCGAUAUUUUUGUCAAACAAUUGUCUAUUUGAUUUUCGAAUAGAUGAAAUGUUUCAGUUUACUACUUCUUUU